GUCGUUUGCUAGCAAGGCAACUGUUUGUUUAUUCAGGGCGGACCCUCUCUUUUCAGCAGGGUCCAAGGUUCUUGUUUUUAACAUUUGCCGUCCAUCGUUAAUCAUCAAAAUGGAAACAUGAAGAUCUGAGAGGUGUAAUUAAGUGUCAACGUUGUUAUAAUCCUGUGAGGCGGCGGCCGUUGGGCAAGGAUGAGGGAUCUUCAAGCCAUUGACAGCUUGCUCCUGAAAGAGCUGAAGUCAUGUCGUGCACAAGAGCACAACUUUCUUCCCAGAGAGGCUGGCUUGAAGCUGAUGGAGUCGGCAUCCACAGAGAAUCACAGUGGAGUGUCUGCGAAAUGCAGAAACACCAGAGUGGAGGAACUGUGGGGCCUGACCAGUUUCUUUGGCUACAACACCCAGACGUUUGUUCAAGCUGUCAAUUUGCUCGAUAGAUUCCUCACCAUCAUGAAGGUGCAGCCCAAACACUUGCCCUGUAUUGGAGUCUGCUGUCUUCACAUUGCAGCCAAAGUGGUUGAGGAAGAGAAAAAUAUCUCACCCACCCAUGAACUCAUUCGCAUCAGCCAAAGCAAGUUCACCGUGUCAGACCUCUGUCGCAUGGAGAAGAUCGUUUCACAAAAGCUCAGCGUGCAGCCUGAAGCAGUGACAGCCUUAACGUUUCUACACCUCUACUACUCAGCCUUCACAUCCCUGUCUGCUGGAAGGGAGGAGAUCCCAAGCAUUGGGAGACUGGAAGCCCAGCUAAAAGCCUGCUUAUGCCGGCUUGUUUUCUCUAAGGCAAAACCAUCAGUGCUGGCACUGUCCCUCAUUGCUCAGGAGUUUGAAGCCCACCAGUCCAUCACCUUGUUGAAGAUUGUACAGCAAUUCCAAAGACACCUGAAGAUCAGCGACAGUGAGCUCCUUCACUGGAAGGAACUUGUGGCCAAAUGCAUGACUGAAUACUGCUCAAGUGAAUGUAACAAACCAGACAACAAAAAGCUUGUAUGGAUCAUUUCCAGAAGAACUGCACAGAAUCUUCAGGCCAAUCACUUCAGUGUGCCCGGCCUGCCAACUAUUCCCGAGGGGAGCUGGGACGAGAGUGAGAGGUCAAUAGUCCAUCUUUGUAUUUAUUUCAUGCUGCAUUUUAAACUGUGCUGCAGUGAUGAGAUAUCGACCAAAAGCGAGGACUCCUGCGAAGACAUGAGCUGUGGAGAAGACAGCCCCUGCGGUUCGCCAGGAAGUGACGGCGAAGGAUCCUUCUUCCCCUCCGCCUUUCUCAACCGCAAAAAGUGACGAGUCCUCAUUGUGCAGUAGCAACAGAUGUGUAUUUUAUCCUUGAACUGUAUCUGAUUUAUGGUGGUCGCCAUGUAUCAAAGCAAACCUGUGUGUUUCACUUGUCACGCCACCGUAGGUACGACAAGAGACAGGUUUCAAUCAUUAAGUGCCUGUGUUAAUUCAGUUUACUGUCCGAUUCUUUAAUGGUUCAAAAACAUAUCGUAUAAAUGCAAAAUGGAAAUUUGCAAUAUCUCGGCAGCUUGAUAGUAACGCAUCUGAUUGUCUUUUUUCCAAGAUGUUCUCUUUGUGUUUUUUGUGUCCGAGCUCGGCGCAUUCCAGGAAAAGCAGUGAAGCACAAGGGAGAACUCGUGUGUGUGUCAGUCAUGAGGUACACUCACUGUUGAAUACCAGCUCACACAAUAGCACAUCCUCAGUCUUUUUUUAAACCUCUUUUUAUACUCAAUACCAUACAUAUAUACACACAUUGUAUGUUCUACGUGUGUACGCAAUCCUAAUGUGACAUAGAGGACCUUGUAGUGUGAACAUACAAGACCGUAUUAUGCAUGGAUACAUUGAAACGUGAUUAUGAAUGGAUGUUUACCAAAAUAAGCUUAUUGUAAAGAAAAUGUUAAAAAAAAUGUACAUAACAUGUAAAAAAAGGAAAAAACUAUGUUUUGUGAAUGCCAUAUAAUGUGUGUUGUGUUUGGAUAAAAUGUGGAGUAUUUUGGAAGGUUCAGAAAUAAUCCUUCCAAAUAAAAAAUAAACGGAUUCUUAUCUACCA